UCAUUCGAACCAACCGAGUUCCCCGACAUCGUCUUGUCUUCCACAUCACUCUCGAUGUCCCCCCCAUCUCACAGUACAACUGACACGUCUGUUGAUCUUACAGAGGCAGCGUCGGCUGAUGAGCUCAGCGCUGGAACAUCCAGAGCGGUUGCUCUCACUUUCCUCAAAGAGAACGAGGACCCGCCCCCUCCUCCCUCUCAGUCAACUGCACCCACUGACAGGACAUCUCAGGUACCGCCCCUCACCCCUCGACCGGACAUCACACCAGCCUCCGUGAAGCCCUCCACCACCACGCCCGCAGCUUCGACCACUAAAACAGAGAAUCCUUUCCCCGUCGCCUCCACCACCAGCUCCGUGCCAUCCCUGGGCGGUGUUGCUUCACCGUCCACCCCCGUUAGUACCACCCAUCUAACAACACCGGUCAUCAGAAGGUUUACCUCCACCACGACCAUCAGGACUCAAACCAGCAGGAGAACUUUUACUCCGUUCGUCCUCAGAACAGUUCCACCCCGGGCGGCCACCACCGCCUUCAUCUCUCCGUUCACCACCACCACGGAGGCCACGCCUCAGCAGUGCAACAUUACAGAGAGAAUGUGGGUGAAAACAGUGGUUUCCAUUUAUGUCAGAAGAAACCGACUGGACAGCAUCCAGAGACAGAACCUGCGACGAGGCCUCAGCCAGGGCCUCCGGAAAGCUCUGAAUGAUUCCUCUGCCCAAGCACAGGUCAGACUGGUACUUCUAAGUAUUUAGGCUUGUCAGAAACAUGAAACCGUUGUACAGUAGCCUGUACGUCCCUCUGG